AGCUUACUCCUUUCAACUCUCUUUGCCAUCGACCUUUCUGGAGCCUAGGGACUGAUCCGAUUCAUUGAUGGAUUUGAUGGAGAAGAACUUGGAGUUAGUGGAGAUUCAGAAACUUGAAGGCCACACCGAUCGGGUUUGGAGCGUAGCUUGGAACCCUGUCUCUUCUCACGCCGACGGUGUUUCACCGAUUCUUGCUUCUUGCAGUGGCGAUAGCACCGUUCGAAUCUGGGAACAAAGCUCUCUCUCUCGCUCCUGGACUUGCAAGACAGUUUUGGAAGAAACGCAUACAAGAACUGUGAGGUCAUGUGCUUGGUCACCCUCAGGACAGUUAUUGGCCACUGCAAGUUUUGAUGGCACCACUGGCAUUUGGAAGAAUUACGGUUCUGAGUUUGACUGUAUUUCCACUUUAGAGGGACAUGAAAACGAAGUCAAAAGUGUAUCAUGGAAUGCAUCUGGUUCACACCUUGCAACAUGUAGUAGAGAUAAGUCUGUUUGGAUUUGGGAAGUGCUUGAAGGGAAUGAGUAUGAUUGUGCUGCGGUGUUAACUGGGCAUACACAAGAUGUGAAGAUGGUUCAAUGGCAUCCUACCAUGGAUGUGUUAUUUUCUUGCAGUUAUGAUAACACCAUAAAGGUUUGGUGGUCUGAAGAUGAUGAUGGUGAGUAUCAAUGUGUCCAAACCUUAGGUGAAUCUAACAACGGUCACUCUUCUACGGUAUGGUCCAUCUCAUUUAACGCUGCAGGGGACAAGAUGGUCACUUGUAGUGAUGAUCUAACAUUGAAGAUAUGGGGGACAGAUAUUGCCAGGAUGCAGUCUGGUGAAGAUUAUGCACCUUGGAUUCAUCUUUGUACUCUCUCUGGUUAUCAUGACCGUACCAUAUACUCUGCUCACUGGUCAAGGGAUGACAUUAUUGCCAGUGGAGCAGGCGAUAAUGCUAUACGGUUGUUUGUUGACAGCAAAGAUGACUCUGUUGAUGGACCUUCAUAUAAUCUUUUGCUGAGGAAGAAUAAAGCACAUGAAAAUGAUGUAAACUCUGUCCAAUGGUCACCCGGUGAGGGGAACCGGUUGCUUGCCUCGGCUAGUGAUGAUGGGAUGGUCAAGAUUUGGCAGCUUGCAACUAAACCGUGACUGGUGUUGGUUUGGAUAGAUUCUGAAACUCCUAUGAUGUUUUUUACUCUUCCUGAGGUCUCUCUGUAACAACAUAACAUUUUAGGUAGAAGUGAACUCUAUACUAUUUUGUCAUACGAUAUAAGCUCCAUGAUGUUUCAU